AUGACCUCUGAGACUCAGCUGCGCGCUUUCAUCGCACGCCAUCGUAUUCUACUAAACAAAGAGCGCGACGAAGAAGUAGAGAGAUCGUCGCUGCUCCUAUCGAAAUGCGGACCCAAGUUGUUAGAGCAGAAAGGUCUUGCCUUAGGUGCCCUCGGCAUAGCAAGCCUGAAUGUCGGCAAGUAUUGCGCAUCUCGCAUCUUGUUUCAUGCAGAUGAGCCAGAACAUGCAAUCAGACCAGGCGACCUUGCGCGUAUAGAGGAGAAUGUCUCCGAAACCUUUGGUCGGAAAAAGUCAGCAGUGUCGAAGACCAAGAAGCCUGACGAUUCAGCAGCAGCUCGUACGCAGGGCCUCGAAGGCGUUGUAUAUAAGGUUGUUUCUGAUAUGCGCAUCGUCAUAACUCUCGACGUUUCGGAAACCUCAACAGACGGCUUGGACUUGCCUGAGCGUUGCCGCGUGGUCAAACUCGCUAAUAGUGUAACAUUCGACCGGAUGGAUAAAGCGCUCAACAUCCUAGAGAAGAUAGUACUACCAGAUUCGCAACCCUCAAGCGAAGACAAAUUUCUGCCUGACUUGACUCAGCUAACGCGCGUCCUCAUGGGCAUGUCUGAGCCAUCCAAAAGAAAUUUCCUACAGAAAAUAGUUUUCUUCGACGAGACUUUAAACUCAAGUCAACAAGACGCCGUUAGAUUCGCCAUGGAAUCUCCAGAGAUCGCUUGUAUUCACGGUCCCCCGGGGACGGGAAAAACACAUACCCUCAUAGAGAUCAUCCGCCAAAUGACUUCUGUGACAUCUUCCAAUCCCAAGCCGCUCCGCCUUCUCAUCUGUGGUGCCUCGAACUUAGCUGUGGACAACAUUUUGGAAAGACUCCUAGGGCUUCCCUCGCCAUCGAACGGAGAGAAAAUCAAGGUCACGAGAGUUGGACAUCCUGCGCGUGUAAUGGCCCAUGAAGGUAUUAUAGACUCGACGCUUGAGGUGAAAGCUAGCAGAAGUGAUCAGGCAGCUCUGGCCAAAGAUGUAAAGAACGAGCUGACCGCGGCCCUCGAUACACUAUCUGGUAAGGCGAAGGGGGUUAAAGGCAAAGCACCUAGAGGAGCAGAGCGUAAAAAGCUCUGGGAGGAAGUACGCGCGCUUCGAAAAGAACAGCGAGAAGGAGGGGUUGUAGAGACUGUAUUGGCUGAAUCGCAGGUAGUACUCGCGACUUGCCACUCCGCCGGUGGUCGACAACUACGCAACCAUAAAUUUGAUGUUAUUAUUAUCGAUGAGGCGACACAAGCUCUAGAAGCGGUGUGCUGGAUUCCAAUAUUUAAGGGUCAAAAGCUGAUCCUUGCCGGAGAUCCGAUGCAAUUACCGCCGACAAUUCUGUCCGCUAAUGACCACAAGACGUUGGCUGACACUAGCACGAAGAAAUCGCCAAAUAGCGGCCGGACUCCGCAAUCAUUUCGCCCAAACGAAAAGUUGACACCCAAGAGCAAAAUCUCUGCAACUCCACCUUUAACCACAGAUAGCUCAGAUGCGACUGAAGACGAGAGCAGCUCUGUUACAGACAGUUCAAGUGAGCGCGAGGACAACACUCCAAAGAGGCCAGUCAAAGUGCUACCCCGCCAACCAGCACAAAAAGAGAAAGCCAACAGGCGACAGGGAUUGCGUCCACCACGUACACUAGAGACAACAUUGUUUGAUAGGCUCGAAAAGAUGUACGGCCCCGAUAUUAAGCGCAUGCUGAAUAUACAAUACCGUAUGCAUGCGAAAAUAGCAGAGUUCCCCUCUAAAGUGAUGUAUCAUUCCAAACUUGUAUCUCACUCGUCCGUCGCGUCUCAUUUGCUGCGUGACCUGCCAAACGCGGGUGCGGGUAACGAGGAUGAUGAGCAAGAGCUGCUGGGUACACCAGUGGUAUUCUUUGAUACCGCGGGGUGUGAAUACUUCGAAAGGACUGAUAGUGAGGGAGAUGAAGGUAGCAAGUGUAACGAGAAUGAAUCUGCCGUAGUAAAGAAUUAUGUUGAUCAGCUGAUCGGAACGGGGAUCACCCCGUCCCAGAUUGCCAUUAUCACCCCAUAUCAGGCACAGGUAUCUCUUUUGACGUCCCUCUUGCGCCCUAUUCACGGCCUGGAUCUCGAAAUCGGUACUGUUGAUGGAAUGCAAGGGCGCGAAAAGGACGCUGUCAUAAUCACGUUAGUACGCAGCAAUGAGAAGAGAGAGGUUGGCUUUCUGAAGGACAAGCGACGACUGAAUGGUGCGUGA